AUGUCAACUGAAGCUAAUCUAUACAUACUAGUAUAUGGAACAGAAGCAGUCAUACUAGCAGAAGUUGAGAUACUGUCAUUGAGAAUUAUUGAAGAAGCUGAGUUGAGUAAUGCUGAAUGGGUCGGCAAGCGAAUUGAUCAGUUAACCUUGAUUGACGAGAAGAGAAAAUUUGUUGUUUAUCAUGGCCAACUAUAUCGACGGAGAAUGAUUCACGCUUUCCACAAGAGAGUCAGAGCCAGAAUUUUUGAAAUCAGUCAGUUGGCGCUUAAGACCACUUUUACUCAUCAAGAUGAGCAUAAAGGGAAAUUCGCCCCAAACAGGAAAGGUCCAUACAUGGUUCGAAAAGUAUUAUCUGAAGGUGCUUUGAUCUUAUCGGAGAUGGAUGGAACCACAUGGCCAAAAUCGAUCAACUCAGAAGUGGUCAAGAGAUACUACGUGUGA